UGAGCUGUAACGCGCAGCCGGGAGACGUUUGCAGGCUCCGCGGUCCCGAGCAUCUGAACGGUGAACUCUUCAAAUCUUCGAUUUAAAAAAAAAUGGCCUCCAAUAAAACUACAUUGCAAAAAAUGGGAAAGAAACAGAAUGGAAAGAGUAAAAAAGUUGAAGAGGCAGAGCCUGAAGAAUUUGUGGUAGAGAAGGUGCUGGACCGGCGUGUAGUGAACGGGAAGGUGGAGUACUUCCUCAAGUGGAAGGGGUUCACCGAUGCUGAUAAUACUUGGGAACCAGAAGAAAAUUUAGAUUGUCCAGAAUUAAUUGAAGCAUUUCUUAAUUCUCAAAAAGCUGGUAAAGAAAAAGAUGGUACAAAAAGGAAAUCUUUAUCUGACAGUGAAUCUGAUGAUAGCAAAUCAAAGAAGAAAAGAGACGCUGCCGACAAACCAAGGGGCUUUGCCAGAGGUCUUGAUCCUGAACGAAUAAUUGGUGCCACAGACAGCAGUGGAGAAUUAAUGUUUCUCAUGAAAUGGAAGGACUCGGAUGAGGCUGACUUGGUGCUGGCAAAGGAGGCGAAUAUGAAGUGUCCUCAGAUUGUCAUCGCCUUCUAUGAGGAGAGGCUGACUUGGCAU